UUCCCCAACGAUGCCUGCAUUCGACGAACGAGACUUCGGCGUGGAAGCCGUCCGCACCAAGAGCCAUCAGAGCAACCACGACGAUACCAACUAUGGAGCCGUCGAGGUUCCUGCCACCCGCUCCGCCAUCGCCGACGCAACUCCAUAUAUGCAUCAGCUGUCGAUCUCGCCCUCACAACGUGAUCGCCGCGCCUCUCGCAACUCUUUCGGUGCCUCGCUCCCAAUCCCUCGCUCAAAGCGUCAAUCCCGCCUCUCAUCAGUCGCCUACGCCGAUGGCCGACCUCAACGUCCGGGUAUGCCGCCCAUCCAGCCUACGCGGGAGAUCCUGGCCGCGCAAGUCCAAGAUAUCGAAUCUUUAAAGGUGGCAGCUGCGAAGAACAUGGCGUUCGUCUUUGACAUUGACGGUGUGCUCGUUCAUGGAGAUCGACUCAUCCCCGAAGGCCGCCGUGCACUGGAGAUUCUGAACGGCGACAACGAGCUCGGUAUCAAAAUCCCACACAUCUUCCUCACGAAUGGCUCCGGAAAGCCCGAAGCCCCUCGCUGCGAGCAACUGAGCAAGAUCGUCGGCCAGCCGUUUGCCUUAGACCAAUUUAUCCAGUCACACACUCCCAUGUCCGCCCUCAGCGAAUACUACGACACCGUCCUCGUUGUCGGCGGCGAAGGCUACCGCUGCCGCGAAGUCGCGGAACAGUACGGCUUCAAAAACGUCGUAGUGCCCAACGACAUUGUGGCCUGGGAUCCCACCAUCGCUCCCUACCGCGUCUUCACCGACGAAGAGCGCGCCACCUCCCACCCUCGAGACUUCUCCAAACAACGCAUCGACGCCAUCAUGGUCUUCUCCGACUCCCGCGACUACGCCACCGACAUGCAGAUCAUCAUGGACUUGCUGCAAUCCGAGAAUGGCCUGCUACACACCAAAGCCAAAGAUCCCGUCUCGCAACGCAUUCCCAUCUACUUCUCUCAAGGCGAUCUCCUCUGUCCGACCGAGCAUCCUUCUCCACGUAUGUCCCAGGGUGCCUUCCGCAUCGGGCUGGAGGCGAUGUACAAAGCUCUCACAGGCGAAGAACUCGAGCGGGUCGUCUACGGCAAACCUGAAAUGGCAACCUACAAGUACGCCGACGAAGUGCUCGCGUCGUGGAUGGAGUCCCUACAUGGCGAGGAGAAACUGCCGUCGAAUAUCUACAUGGUCGGCGACAACCCUGCUUCGGAUAUCAUUGGAGGCAACAUGUAUGGUUGGAACACAUGCCUCGUACGGACCGGAGUAUUUGUUGGUGGAGAGAACGAUGAGAAUAAUCCCGCCAACUUUGGAGUGUUUGUAAAUGUUCUUGAAGCGGUAAAGACCGCAAUGAAGAAAGAGCUUGGAGUGGACUUCAAGUUUGAGUGGAAUGAUGCUAGGAUCAACCCGCUCUUGCAGGGCAAUGGCGCGGCUGCUGUGGCGGUUGAGUAG